AUCAACAGGACAGUAUGGCCACCACUGUUGCUGUCAGUCCCAGCGAGUAUCUCCAGCCAUCUGCAACGUCAUCUCAACAUUUCAAGGACAUGCAGUGAUGUCCUAGCUGCAUGCCAAGGACCCAAGAAUACAUCUAGCAGAUGGCACUCACCAAAGAAAACAAUGCUUGCCACAGCGUUGGUUCUGGCCCUGCCGAAGAGCUCGAAUACCUUGCUAGAAGAAAAGAAAGCUGCCAAAGAAGAAAACAGAUGCGAAAGAUUACGUAUUCAGAAUAAACUGAGCUGUCAGAGAGAGAAGAAGAAACAGAGACAAAUGGAGGGCUGCAUCCAGAAGUUACAGGCAUAGGAAAGAGAUGGAAAAUGUGGUGUUAAACCAUACACCACCAUCUAUAGAGAACAUGGCUGAUGACUCCCAACCUUCUCCUCUGGCCUUACUGGCAGCCACCUGUAGUAAGAUCGGCCCUCCUGCCGCCCAGGUUCCUGUCAGUGCCCCUCCAGCCCAGCCGCAGCCUCGCAGACUCCUCCCCAUCAAGCCUGCUCCCAUUGCUCCUGCUCCCCCCAAGAACCUGGGCUUCCUUUCAGCCAAAGGCAAUGUGAUUCAGUUGCCGACUGGCCUUGGCUCUUCCAGCCCUGGCAACCCCAUUGUGCUCACUAUCCAGAGCCCAGCUCGGACAAAUUCCACCACAGCCAACAUACAGUAUCAGAUGGUCCCGCAAAUCCAGGGAACCCAGACCAUCCAGGUAAUGCCACAGGGAGGCCAGAUCCAGCUCAUCCCAGGAACAAAUCAGGCCAUUAUAACAACACCCAUGACCAUGCCCACUCAAGCACCCACCACCCCCCCAGUCACACCGCAGAAGACUUUGGCUAUUAAACCAUCUACGCGGGGGCGCAAGCCCAACAAUUCCACCAACAUGGUGUGUCUGUCUGGCGGACUCACAGUACCCAUCACCGUGGCCACUGGCGAGGUGGGUGGAACUCAGUUUGUCACAGAGACAGCAACAGCCCCUGUCCCACCAGCAAAAGGCAGGCGAGGAAGGAAAAAAAAGGUGCCGUUGGUGGCCCCGCCGCCUUCGCAGCCGGCCUCUCCACCCCCAGAACAGAUGGAAACUCUUUUGAUUGAGACCACUGCUGACAAUAUUAUUCAGGCAGGUAACAACCUCCUAAUCGUGCAGAGCCCUGGCCAGCCGGCAGUGGUGCAGCAGGUUCAACUUGUCCAACCUAAACAAGAGCAGCAAAUGGUCCAGAUUCCUCAGCAGGCCCUCAAGGUGGUCCAGGCCGCCUCUGCUACCCUGCCACAGGUUCCCCAGAGACAGCCAACCCAGAACCUGCAGGUGGCCCCAGCUGAUGCCUCACCCACUCAAUUCCUGAUCAAAACUGCAUUGGGGGAAUGGCAGACUGUGCAGCUCCAGGAAGCCAUCUCCACAACAGCGACACCUACCAGUACCGUCACCACCUUGUCGGCAGCUGUUGUGAGCAGCAAGAAGACCAUAGCAGGCGGACGCAAAGAGAGGACACUACCAAAACUUGCUCCAGCUGGGGGAAUGAUUGCGCUAAAUGCAGCGCAACUCUCCUCAGGCCAGACGGUCCAGACCAUUAAUAUCAAUGGUGUCCAGGUGCAGGGAGUUCCUGUAACAAUCACUAAUGCAGGAGGUCAGCAGCAUCUGACCGUUCAAACAGUGCAGGGCGGAGCGCUCCAACUGAGUGGGGUGACAGGGUCUCAAGGCCAGACAAUGCAGGUGGAACAGACUCUGGCUCUGGAACUGCCUGGACAGCCAGGAGAGAAGAAACGGCGUAUGGCCUGCACCUGCCCUAACUGUAAGGAUGCAGAAAAAAGGCCAGGUGAGGUUGGUAAAAGGAAGCACAUCUGCCAUAUUCCCGGUUGUGAGAAAACAUUCAGGAAGACAUCCCUUCUCAGGGCUCAUGUGCGCCUGCACACUGGCGAGCGACCAUUCGUCUGCAACUGGGUGUUCUGUGGGAAACGCUUCACACGCAGUGAUGAGCUACAGCGGCAUGCCAGGACACACACAGGAGACAAGCGCUUCGAGUGCAACCAGUGUCAGAAAAGGUUCAUGAGGAGCGACCACCUGACCAAGCAUUACAAAACACACAUUAACACCAAGAACUUGUGAACAUUGGGUGCACAAAAUGUACACUCUGCCUUCUGAACUAAAAUCCACUGAGUGAUGGAGAGGGCAGCCUAGGGGGGUGUCUUGAAUGGGGAAAACCAAAAGUCUUCUAACCCAAGCACCUAAACCCAUUACCCCUAUCACUCCCCUGGAUGAUGCACAACCUGGUGUAAAUAGUAAAUCUUUCUUAGCAGCUCAACUGUACCAGUCAGUUUCUGGAGGAGUCCAUGGUAUAUUUUGUAAAAUAAUAAUGUCACUCCCCCAAUGGACAGCAGGCCUCCUAGACUGAAUGCUUAGAACAAAACAGCCCUUGCUUGGAACAAGUUUCUGUAGAUAGAUGGGAAAUGAUAACAACACUUGAAUUAAGCACCAACCUCACACUGUCACAAGGACCACGGCGGGGUAGUCUGGAGAGGACUACAGAUAGUUUUGUUGCUGUUUAUUUUCAAAAACUGUUUUGUUACUCAGGAGCACUCAAGAGUUGAUCCUGAAGUGCUGUGGAUGUCAGUUUCCUGUCCUUUUAAUCAUAAACUGUUCAGGAAAUUGAAAGCAUGAACAUUUAACAGAAAAUUGUCCUUUGGGUUCAGUUCAUUGAAUUUAAUUGAUUGAUUUUAAUCUAGAGGGACUUGAAACCCUUUCAAAAGGUUGGGCAAAAUACUUUUUGUGUAUAUAAUUUAUAUAGACAUACAAACAUGUAUAAAAGCAUACAUGAGGCAAAUUGGAAUAUUGAUAUACAGAUUUAACUUGUCCUUUCAAUUGGUUCUAUUAGGUGUAAAAUCAGAGGAUUAAAAUCAUUGUUAGAAUAACUUUUGUCAGCUGUUAUUUUAUGUUAUCCAGUUCAAAUAUGCAGUGUAAUUAUCUGUUGGCAUCAUUUUGGUUUUAAUUUCCCAAGUAUUGGCCUGUCAUGACAAUCAUGUCAUAAGAUGCAAAAAAUCUACAUCAGAUGCUGUCUUAGACCACAAAGCACUGUACUUUAUUUCACCAAACACCAAGUUUUUGAGACAAGUGUUGUGUUUUUACAUUUUGUCUACGACAUGUAAUUUUCUAGCGGAGUUAAAUAUCCAUAAAUUAUAUGGUAGCAUGAAGGUAUUUUUAGGGUUACAUAACUUAACGAACACCAGUGUCAAACUUCUCACACAGUAUUAUAAGUAUGUUAUAUUAAAUUAAAUAAAGCGCAUACAAUAUAAAUGUAUAUACAGUCAACCUGUAUCAUCCAAGCAGCUUUAGAUAUAUUCUUUGGCAGAAAUUGUUAAAUUAUUUAAUUGACAAGACCAAGUCAAAUAUUUAAUGCUCCCAACAAAUUAGCCAUAUAUAAAAAAUAAAUAAAAAAAAGAUUGUGUGUGAGUUGUCACUACAGUCAUUCAGAAAGAAUUGUAAUGUUGAUGGAGACUGAAAAAUACCAAGAUUGAAAGAGAGCUGGUGCAUAUAUACGUUUGUAUGGUAUGUCUGAAUGUGUAUAUGAUAUGUCUUGACAGACAGUGAAUAAAUGUAAGAUAGAAAUUACACUGCCUAUUGCCUGGCCGGACCUGGAGGAAGUGGACUCUGUACAGUGUAUGAGGACAAAAAAAAAAAACGGACGUGACAAUGUAUAGCUUCAUUCCUGCUUUGUACAAUACACCUAAAUUACAUGUUUUUUUGUCGUUGUUUUUUUUUGUUACCAAAUUAAAGCUGCCUUAGACAGUUGCACCAAGUAUUUAAAGAGAUUACUGUCUAAUUCCAGGGAACAGCAUUUGUAGAGUUCCUUGAUUUUGUCUAACUUAUGUUACACAAUGCCGAUGUGCACUGAAUAGAACCCAGGUGGAACAUUUUAUUAACAUUUUCUUUUUUUGUAUGAUCAGUGGUUUGAUUUCUCUAAAAGUUAGUACUUAAUGUUACACCAUGUAAAAUUUGUGAAAGUCUCUCCCCAAACCUGUGUCUGAUCUGAUGACUUGGACCCAACACCUUAUCCUUUAUGGCAAGAGACCCUUAAGAUUUCGAUAAUCUUUUAUAACUGGCACUAAGGUGUUAACUUCAAAAAGCUUGCUCCUUUUCUACAGUCCCUCCCCCAAUAAAAUGUUCAAACCAUGUA